AUGAAAGCAAUAAACGCGUUCAUAAUCAUUUUAAUAAUUUUAAUUCAACGCGAUGUCAACUCAAUAAUUAUAAACCGGCAUAACUGGGAUUUUGACGACAUCAAUUCACUGGAACAGUUGAUAGACGCGAUUAAUGGUGACAUUAAAACUAUAUUUAAGGCUGAGGGAAGUGGGAAAGAAAAUAUUGUCACGGAGAGAAUUCGCGCAUUGAUGACAUCGAUGAGGAGCUACGAACGCAACUGGUUCCCGAAAACGCCAUACACUGCUCAAUACAGCAAGCGAAAGGAUUUCAUUAACUUUGUUGACAAAUUGGAACAUUUUCAAGUCAAAGUUAAUUCCGCAAAAGUGAUCUAUCUUCAUGGUCACGUUAAGGAUCUUGAACACCAUUUUCAUAUGGUGAAUCAUUUCAUUCAGGUUUUCGCUGAUAAGAGAAAUAACGACUAUUUUACGAGACCUCGUGAUGUUUGCUCACUUGCAUCGGCUUAUAUUCCGCUGUUUGGGAUUCUGCAUUUGACUGAACACAAACAUUCGACAAAAAUUCAUGAAAUUUAUGAUGGAUUAAUGAAAAUCGUCAGUUCUGAAUUGAAUUUACACCGAAAAAAAUUCACCGAUUGUGAUUCAGAUUUUUCGUUUCGUUUGAGUCUUUAUAAUUACUAUCGACGUAUAAUAGUGAUGCACAUAAAGAAGUAUAUCUUAGCAGCUUUUACAUCGGCACUAAACAGUGUUUGUACUGGCGUUCAUUCGAUAAAUGCAGUAAUUGAUAAUGAAGAAUUAAAACACAUAAAACACCGAUUCGUAAAUCAAGCAGCUCACUACAUGAGAGCAACUGCUCAUACUUUGAAGCAUACUCAACAUUUUAUCAUUUACUGUGAUCAUCAUAUAGAGUAUAUUGAACUCGAGAAAAUGAUUCAAACGUUUAUUGUAAAAGAAUCGGAAUUGUCUGUUGAUAACAUAUGCAAUCAUAAUUGUGAUAUAAGAAGUAUGGAUAAAAAUAAUAUUAAUUUCAACUUAGGAUGUACAAAUUACAGUGAUUGUUUUAAAUUAGGAAAUAUCGAAUUUUGCGAACUGAGUUCUAAAUCACGACGCUAUGAGUGGUUUGCGGAUUCUAAUGGCAACAUAUUCGGCGACAACAGAAACUGUUCUGGGAAAAUAGUAUCCUUAGAAAGUAAAUUUCAAUUGGAGACAGUAAAUACCUGUGAUAAUUGUGUGUGCACUUGUCUAGCUGAACCGCAACACAACGAACAUGUUACAGCAGCUCUAAGUUUUCGCGAACAAACCUCAGAUAUAUCCAAUAAUAUGGUAGUCGUCGGUAUCAAAUUCGUGAAAAAAGAUUUUAUGAUACACGUACAGAUAGCCGAAGGCCUGAUACUACCAAGACAAUAUCUGAACCUCAACGAAAUAUCUUGGGUACCAUUGGAGAAUAUUACUUAUGACGAAGAUAAAAAAGGAUAUUAUUUAUUGAACGAAGACAACGAAAACUCAAAAACGCGAUUGACUUUAGACAGCGACUACACGCAUCCGAAAAUCAUGAACCUGGAUAACUUAAUGGUCCCGAGUGGCUACGUAAUGACUGGUGUGAGAUUUAGAUUCGAGAAGGAGACUUACGUUCCAGGAGCAAUAGAUAACCGGGUUCAAUUACAAAUUCGUGUUACGCCUUUUGAUUUCGUUAAUCAAGUAAUGGGGUCCUUGGACAACUCACGCUGGAUUACGACGCAUCAUCCUAAUAGGAAAGAAUUUGUCCUAAUUCUACCGGAUAAUCCAACAAAAGCACCUACAAAUUUUCAAGACAAUCCAAUGGUACAUCCGUUCAUCAAAUUCCGUGCUUCUGACGUAAAAAAAGACGCAGGACAGUCUACAGUACCGUUCUUCAGCGCCCAAAAAGUAUCGACUUACACUUCUUUAGGCGGAAUCGGACUUAUUCAUUUUGGUCACUAUGGUUACGGAGGGUUUUUUGUUUUCAAAAUUUUGGAACUAGAUAUUUCGCAGUAUAUGAAUGUUCAUUUGGCCAGGGAGCACAAAGGAGCCGUAGUGAAUAAACGUAAUGUUACUGAUGAUGUUAAUCAUGUUUUCGAGCAACAGACGGAUUUAACUUUUGAAAAUUCUAACAAAGUAUAA